AUGAGCAAUAGCCUUGUUCCGAGCAUUUCUGGACACGUCGGCACAGUUGCAUCUAAGGCUCAGGGUGGCUACAGAGACGUUCAAGACCUCGGUAGCUGCAUUGUGCCGCUUGGGCAAGCCUUGGAUGCUGCAGCGAAGAUGGUUCACAAGCUGUCUGAUGCACAUCCGAUAUUGAAAGUUUCUUGCACUAUCUUAUUAUCUGUGUACGAGGCCAUGAAAGAUCAGCAGCAGCAGGAUGAUGCCAUCAGAGGCCUCGCCGAGACCUUGCGCGAGAUGAUCUGUGUCGCUAAUGAUUCGCCCGACUUACUCACCAUUGACGGAACUGAGAAUGUCAUCGAAGCCAUCGGGCGCGCAUCGUUGCAAGCUUCCUCUGUGAUAGACGAAUAUGCACGUCUGCCUUUCAUAGGGGAAGCCGUGUACAAGUGGUUGAAUGCACCAGAUCCAUCCGCUAACCACGAAAAUGCCAGAAAGGAACACAAGGCUGGGACGUGUUCCUGGUUCCUGACCGGCACCCGGUAUCUGGAAUGGAAACAUCGUGGUGACUCGUAUCUCUGGGUGCAUGGAAUCCCUGGGUGUGGAAAGACGAUUAUGUGCUCGACAGCUAUCGACGACGUCGCAGAUUAUUGCAGGGGUAGCCCAUCUCGGGCAUUUGCGUACUUUUACUUUGAUUCCCGGGACUCGCAGAAUCAACUCCAACUACACGAUAACCUGAUACGUUCUUUGACCAAACAGCUCUUAGUCCAAUCUGGUACAAUCCCUGAUGAACUGGAGGCAAUGUGUGCCGGCGGGCGUAGACGUCUCUCCGCAGACAUGCUACGGACGACCCUCUCGCUCGUUCUCGCAAAAUUCCAGGACGUCUAUCUGCUUGUCGAUUCCAUGGACGAAUGCACUCAGAGGAAGGAGCUUUUGGGCUGGAUGAAGGAGAUGAAAGCUUCAAAGACGGCAAACCUACAUCUUUUGGUCACUAGUCGACCCGAACACAUCAUCAAGGAAUGCAUGGAGUCACUCGAGAUAGGUCAAGUAUGCUUGGAAGGCGACGGCGUCAACCGAGACAUUGAAAGCUUCGUGGACGAUCUGCUUCAAGAGAGCGAGAAGCUGAAAAAAUGGAGCGAAGAGAUCAGGCAGAAACUCGUGAACAACGCAGCGGGAAUGUUCAGAUUGAUCUCGCUUCAAUUGAGGGAACUGCAAACCUGUCGUACUCAGCAGCAGAUGAAAAGGCAGCUGGACACUCUGCCCAAGGAUCUAUUUGGGAUAUAUGAACGUGUCCUGUCGAGGCUCGGUGACAGAGACCGCCAGGAUGCUCUCAAAAUCCUUCAAUGGCUUGCCUACUCUGCUCGUCCACUACAGCUAGACGAACUGUCUGAGGUGUUCAGCAUCGACUUUGACGCGCCAGAUAGGCCUCGUUUCGACGCCGACUGUCGAUAUACAGACCCAAAGGAGAUAUUCGACCAUGUGUGCCCUUCGAGUCUGGUCACGGAAUCGGAAGGGAUUGUCAAGCUAGCUCACUUGACCGUCAAGGAGUUUUUGGUCUCCAUGCCUGAAGCGUCUCCAUUCUAUAUAAGCGCCUCGGCGGCUCACUUGUUGAUAUCCAAGACAUGUCUGGUAUACCUCAUAAAAAUAGGCACCCUCGAUACCAUCGACGACGCCACCACUGCUGACUUCCCUCUCCUCAAAUAUGCUGCACGACACUGGCCGUUUCACGUACACGCACAGACGGAUGACGAGUCAGGUGACUUACAGAGCUUGUUGCUUCAGCUCUUCCAGACCGAUACCGCACUAGCGGCAUGGAUCGGCUUUUCGGCUACAUAUGACGCUUAUUUCAUCAAGCCUAGCGAUCCCCACAAGGUUCCACAGCCUCUCGCUUCAGCGCUUUACUAUGCAUCGUCCAUUGGCCUACAUCGCACGUCGUUGGUCUUGCUGGAACUGGGAGCGGACCCGAAUGCUCAAGGAGGAUACUUUGGCAAUGCUCUCCAGGUGGCGUGUUUUCGUGGGCACAAGACAGUCGUGAAGCUGCUUCUCGAGAAGGGCGCGGAUCCAAAUGCAGAAGGAGGGGAGUACGGCACGGCACUCCAGGCGGCGUGCGUCAAUGGCUUUGAGGAGAUCGUGAAGCUCUUAUUGGAUAGUGGGGCUAUUGCUAACCCUCGUGCGUUGGAGACGUCUGCAGAUAUGGGGUCCGAGGCCAACGUGGCGCUCCUGUUGGCCAAGGGAGUCGACCCCAACAUCAGGGUAGCGGAAAGUUUCCACGGCCACGCGCUCCAGGCGGCAUGCGCUCAUAAUUUCGAGCCCGUCGUGAGGCUGUUGCUAGAGAACGGAGCUGACCCCAACGCUACCGAAGGAGCUGCUCUAGAGGCAGCCAGUUGCCUGAGCUCCGAGGCGAAUGUCAGGCUCCUGCUUGCCAAAGGAGCGGAUCCCAAUGCGCACGUGGCCACAGAUCACGACAACGCACUCCAGGCUGCGACUGUCCAUGGAUCGGUGGCCGUCGUGCGGCUCCUGCUGGAGAACGGAGCGGACCCGAAUCUUCAGGGAGGAGAGUUUGGUAACGCGCUGAAAGCGGCCUGUUUCUACAACUUCAAGGCCAUCGCGACGCUCCUACUGGAGUACGGAGCCACGGCAGCAACUGAGUUGGAGACGGCAUCCAUCAUGGGCUCGAUGGAAGACGUUACGCUCUUGCUCGCCAAGGGAGCUGACCCCAACGCUCGGGCGGACAUGAACUACGAACACGCACUCCAAGCGGCGUCGGUAAUGGGACAUACUGAUAUCGUGAAAGCACUCCUUGAGAAGGGAGCGGAUCCCAACGCUAAAGGAGGGGACUAUGGCAAUGCAAUGGAAGCAGCAUGCAUGAAGGGACACGUCGUCGUCGUGCAAGCACUGCUGGAAGGAGGAGCCAACCCCAAUACUCCGGGCGGGAUGUUUGGCACAACGCUCCAGGCGGCAUCCUGGCGUGGUUCCAAGGACCUGAUGACGCUCGUCCUUGAGAGGGGCGCGGAUCCUAAUCUCCAGGAAGGAAGCUAUGGGAGUGCGCUCCAGGGAGCGGUCUGGAGAGGCUCCGAGACGCUCGUCGACAUGCUGCUUGAGAAGGGAGCAGACCUUGCUUCGCAAGGCGGAGACGCUCUGGAGACUGCAUCUUGGAAGGGUUUCCUUCCCCUGGUGACCAUGCUGCUCGACAGGGGCGUCGAUCCGAAUGCGCGGGGAGGAUACUACGGGAACGCUCUGCAGGCGGCGUCGGCAGUUGGAAACGAGUCUAUCGUCAGAGUUCUGCUUGACCGCGGUGCAGAUCCAAACGAAGAAGGAACAUACGGGACCGCAUACCAGGCGGCGUCCAAGACCGGCCACCAGUCCGUCGCGCAGUUGCUGCUCGAGCACCGCGCCACUCGGCCUAACAUCGCCGCCCUCGAGCCUCAUCAGUGA